AUGGCUUUUGUAUUGGAUAAUGCAUUAGCAGAACAGGUCGGCAAACGAGCAAAUGGAUUACCUGGUGGUAAGCAAUCAGCGCCGCCCAUGGACACCUGCAACGACGGAGGAAUAACGACCAUAACCAUCAACAAAGAGCAUCAAAGUAUAAUCGAAAUACUGGUGGAGGGAACAAGAGCUAUGCAAAUGGCAAAACUGUUUCAAGGACGGGACAUUCCUUUUGAGGUGAUAGUGAGUGAUGCUUCGGCCUACGAUAUGAUUCUGUACUCGGGGACACCGUUUAAGAUAUUCCUAUCGUUUCACGCUUGCAGUGAAGCCAUCUCCUUUCCUUGGUGUCACACAGCUGACCCAUGCCCGGACUACGUCAAUUUACUUGAAGGUGGAACUGCUAUGGCUAAAGCCAUCUUCGAAACAGCUGGGCGCAUGUACAAAGUUGGGAACUUUAAAGAUAUAAUGUAUUAUGCAUCUGGAACUAGUAUUGACUGGAGUUAUGGCACAGCACGCAUUCCCUUCUCCUACCUCGUCGAACUAAGGAGCAAGCAAGAUCGAUUCACUUUACGUAGAGAGGAGAUCAUUGUAUGCUGUAAGGAAAUUCUAAACGGUGUCAAAGCUCUUGUAGAAUUUGCUGAUAAAAAGAAAUGUUUGAAUUGUUCUGUCAUUCCGAAAAAACUUCGUAAUUAG